CAAGGCUCUCUCACACAUAUACAUUUACUUACAUAGUAAACUAUGGACCGACGUUGUUCUAUUCAUCAUCACAUCAUUUCGUAUCUUUUUCCCUCUUCUACGUCCAUACUAUUUUUGUGUAUUUCAUUCCUUGUGUUUUUUACUACAACCACUAAUGCUUUAGUGAGACUUCCGGAGAACACGACCGUUCCAGCUAUAAUAGUGUUCGGAGAUUCAAUUGUUGAUGCCGGAAACAACGACGAUUUGAUAACGGAGGCUAGAUGUGAUUAUCCUCCUUAUGGUAUUGAUUUCGAUGGUGGAGUUCCUACGGGAAGAUUCUCCAAUGGAAAAGUCCCCACUGAUAUUCUAGCGGAAGAAUUAGGGAUUAAGCCAACUAUACCAGCAUAUCGAGAUCCUAAUCUAAGACAAGAAGAUCUUCUAACCGGUGUAACAUUUGCUUCGGGUGGUGCUGGUUAUGUUCCUUUGACAACACAAAUAGCGGGAGGAAUACCAUUAUCGCAACAACUGAAACUUUUUGAAGAAUAUAUAGAGAAAUUGAAUGGAAUGGUGGGACAAGAGAGGACAACAUUCAUAAUUAAGAAUAGCUUGUUCGUUAUUAUAUGUGGUAGUAACGAUAUCGCAAACAACUUCUUUACUCCUACGACUCAGCUCCAAUACAACGCGGCUUCUUUCACUGCUCUUAUGGCCGACAAUGCUCGCUCUUUUGCUACGACACUGUACCAAUAUGGUGCAAGAAGAAUACUUAUGUUUGGUGCACCACCAAUAGGAUGUGUCCCUUCGCAGAGAACUGUGGCUGGAGGACCAACAAGGGAUUGUGUUGUUCGGUUUAAUGAUGCGUGUAAACUUUUCAAUGCUAAACUCUCUGCAAAUAUUGAUGGCUUGUCAAGAACCCUACAAGACACGACUUUAAUAUAUAUUGACAUCUAUGAUCCUCUUCUUGAUCUCAUCUUAAACCCUCAACAAUAUGGAUUUAAGGUGAGUAAUUUAGGAUGUUGCGGAACCGGGUUAAUAGAAGUGACUGCUUUAUGCAACAACUAUACAGCUGCUGUAUGUCCCGUAAGAUCAGAUUAUGUGUUCUGGGACAGUUUUCAUCCCACUGAAACAGCUUACAGAAACAUAGUUGCAAAGCUUCUUCAGAGAUAUCUCAACAGAUUCUUCUAGUUAAUUUAUAUAUAGCACCUACUUUUUAACAUGUUGGCCAUACUUCAUUUAAUAUUUUGAAUUAUCAUUACAAAGGCAAAGAUAAAUUAUGCUUUUUAAAAUCAUCUUUUCUCUUUUCCAUAGCUUGUAAUUAUCUUUUAUGAUAUUUUGUGGUUAUAUAAAGAAUGUUCCUGUA